CUCGAGCCUAUCCAGCCUUCUCUUCGACUCUCACCAAGCGCACAUCAUGGGCUCAGUAUACGACGACGUUACCGUAGUGGGUGGCCCGUCGCGCAAUGUCGAGGAUCACGGUUUGAAGUCCAUCCCCGACAAGGACUCGACCGGCCCCAGCAAGGGCUCGUCCGGAUCCAAGCCCGCAGCAGGGUUCGUGGAUGUCGUCGACUAUAUGCAGCAAACCAGGCCGUUCGUCGUACCCAUCGGCAAGGAUGGUGUGAUCGCCGCUCUUAGCAGGCUGGAUCAGCAGCUACGAGAGUCCGGGCGGACCAAGAUACUCUCGAAGAAAUCUCCGACCGACUGGAUUGGGCAGGAGAUCACGCCAGGUCGUUUGGGCCUCAUCAACCACGGUGGUUUACCGAAAGUUGUGACCAAGCCUGGGCGGUACCCAUGGUUCCCUUUCAGAAACUGGUGGGCUCGUGAAUGGUGCGGGACUAAAGGAUGCUCCGACACCGUUAUCGAGUUCCAAGGUCUCACCAUAGUGCAAGUAUCACAGAAUCAAGCUGCAGUGAUAUCCGAUCCCCAGAAUCACAUCUUCGUUAUCAAGAACAGCGGGUUCGCAGCGCUCGCCAUAGAAGGUACCUACGAUGUUCUGGCAAUCGUGGACCAGACACAUCUGCCCCACGUCGUCAAGGACAAGGUUACGGGUGUUAUCCUCGGCUCGACAUACGAAGUGAGGAUGAAGAGCAAGACUCGGGGCGGCACCGAUCAAGAAUACGUCGUCGCGCUGUUCCUCAAUAUCCCCGCCGCGAACUGUGCUAUCUUGCAACGCGGCGACGACCUCGAGUUGCUCUCCGCUGGCCAGCAUUAUAUCACUAGCCCGAACGUCACUCUCCGCGGGCUAUACACCCUUGGCGAGAACCAGCUUGAGAUGCCGACGAAGGACAUAUUCACCCGUGACCAGGUUCCUGUCAGCCUGACGAUCUACCUCAAGUGGCAGCUCAUGGAGCCGUUGAAGCUCACCACGCACGGUUACGAUACGCCAUACGACGCGCUGCGUGACAAGACGCAGUCUAUCCUGACGCAGAUCGUCUCCCACCUGGACUACAGCGCCAUGAUCAAGCAACGGACUCUUGGCCCUGAUAACCUGGAAGAUGGCUCCGACCCAAACUCCGCCUUCCUCGACGCUCUCAGGACCAGGGCCAUGGACGAGAUGCACGAGGCUGCGCUCGAGUACGGUAUCGUGCUCAAGGACCUUGCUGUCAUCGACCGGCAGUUCAAGGGAGAGAUCGCUGCGACCAUGGACAAGCUGACGACUCGCGCUCUGCAGGCGCAAGUGGAAGCUGCUAACGUGGAUAGGGAGAACAGCAACCGCAUCAAGCAGCAGGAAGGUCAAUUGGCAGUCGCACGGAUCCAAGCACAAGCCACCAAUACUCAAGCGGAUGCAGACGCAUACGGCAUCGUCGCGAAAGCCAAGGCCGCCGCCGAGCGGUUGCAGAUCGAGGCGGAAGCGCAGGCGAAGGCGACCGAGAUCGCGGCCAAGGCAGAGGCGGAAGCGAUCCGCAUCAAAGCCCAGGCGAACGGCGCGGUCUCGGACCAGUUCGCGCGCGAGAUCCGUCUGAGGGAGAUGGAGGUCAAGCGCAUCGGCGCGUACGGCAACAGGACGAUAUUCGUCCCCUCGGAGAUGGGGAGCGCCAUGGCCAGCUCGAUGGCCACCGGGAUGGCGGCCGGGAUGGGCAUCGACAGGAAGUGAAGCGCGGUUGGGCAUUCGUAGUAAUUUAUCAUUAUCCCCAUGAUGGACCUUCCCUUCGUUUCAGUAGUCAGUUUGUAUACCUCUGCCAUGCACUCCUUCUAUCCGAUCGAGACUAUACCAACACCUGAUCCAGAUGUAUCACCAUCCGUAGCAUUAAUCAAUCAGACUCGAUCUGAC